UGUACGGCGAUGACGGUGCGCGCGGCCGUUUAUCCCGGAGGUCGAGGUAGCGGUGGCAGCUGUCUGCUUGCUCUGCAGGCUCUGUGGCGGCCAUACAUCACCUACCUACCCACCUAGCACCAGCAGCAACGACUCUCUGCCGCCCCACUCCUCGAGCGCGCGCCCCCGAGAGUUCUCCGCCUCAUACUCGACCGGCUUCGCUUCGGCUUGGCCUCUUUUUCUCUCUUCUGCGCGUUACCUCUCCCACUGGACGGUCGGGUGGGUAUUAUGCUCGCUACCGCUACUACGGCCCGCGAACGAGGAAAGGACGUCACAGCGCUCAGUCUCGGCCUCACCUUGGCAGCUCAACGACGUCGUCCACGCAACGGCGGUGGCGGCAUCAGUUAGGUUACCUAGGGUACAAAAAGUGCAUAGCAUCGAAGAUUAAAAAAGAACAAGAGAGCUUCGCCAUCAGUUGGUGCGUUCACGUUAUACCGUCGACGUCUGCGAGGAGUGAAGAGUGACUUUUCUCUCGUUAACGAGCUUCCACCGUUGAUUUGUCAAGUCAACCCGACACGCAUCGUUACAUAUUUUACACAUUCGUUACCUUGUUUACUUGAGAGUGUACAGAAAGAGUGCUACGAAUAAUAAAAAAAAAAAAAAAAAAAAAAGUGAGUGCUCCCGAGUCUUUGGCUUUCCGAUUCCGGGGCCCUGUAGCGAUGUAGCACGAUUACUGCGGUGCGUUUGGUGCGCGUAGUUUAUAGCAACAACAACAACAACGUGUGCGUGUUGGUUACAAGGUGCGGGCGCCUAUAGCCAGAACAGAACGCGACAUACGAAAAGAAGCGAGUCGCUCUACGAGGAGAGAAGAGGGAGGAAGAAGAAGAGUGUCGAGGGCGGGCACACGGGCACGCGAGGAAGAGGCCUGCUGCUCUCUGCUGCGCAGCGGAGAGCCUGCGGGCGAGCGAGCAAGAUAGAGCGAGAGAGGGGACGCUGCUCGUCGUCAUCGAGGUCGGUCGGCCUACCGCUGCUGGCCUGGCGAGAAGAGCGCCGAGGCCGGCCAUCAGCCACAGUCUGUGCCUCGAUGUCGACGUAGACGGGGCACGCAGCUCUGACACCAACUAGGAGAGAAAGUCUUCGUCACGCUCGCUCAAUACCGCUGCCACGGCGAGUUUCAUUUAUUUGUCCAUCCGACGCUCGCGUGAUUCUUCCUUGACACCGCUCACCGUUGUCAUUGUUGUUGUUGUUGAUUGGGUGAGGAUCUUCCAAACAAGAUAACACCGAAACACGGCGACAAGAUGCAGCCCCUCAUACCGAAGGAAAGGUACCACGAGCUGUGCAGGCUCUGCGCGACUGUCGAUGCCGUCAAGAUGGACCUGUUCGGUCUGGAAGGCAAGAAACGACAGCUCGUCGAGAAGAUACAAACGCUUCUUCCAUUCAAGAUAGAAGAAGACGACAAGCUACCAAAAUGCCUUUGCUACAGAUGCAUGUACAAGCUGGAAAAGUUCUUUGGCUUCAGGCUGGCUUGCAUCAAUGCAAAAGAGGUCCUAUCGAAACAUGCGGAGACGCUCGAGUCAUCACCGACACACAUCAAACAGGAGGACGGGGACAUGGAGCCGUACUCGGAACUGCGCAUGGAGUUGCUCAAGCACAAGGACGGUGCUCCGCUACUCAUUCCCGAGGCGUCUGUCGUCAAUCCGAACGCCGCCUUGGGCACUCCCCCGAGGCUCAAGUCAGACACGGAGCUCGAUAUCGAGGACACCAUAAUGGACCAGCAUCACGACAUGGACGACCACAAGUCGGACGAGUACGAGAUGGACAUGGAAACAAACCCGAGCGAUUUCCUCGAGAUGAGCGCGAUGGUGGCUGAGGAGGAUAACGCCCUACCCCAGCCGUCAAAGUCAACAGCGAAGAAGCAGCAACAGCAGUCCGAGGUCUUCCAGCACCGCAACGAACAGCACGAGGUCUACGUCUGUUCGCUCUGCAACAAGGCCUUCAGCUCCAAGGGCCACUUAUCACUUCACGCUCGCAUUCAUGUCGGGGCGGGAGAUGUCAUCGGUGAAAAGGUCAUCACGGACGAUCAUACCUCGUACAAGCGGCCAUAUCAGUGCGAUCUCUGCAACAAGUCGUACUCAACCGCCAAGCAUCGCUGGGGACACGUUUCCACAACGCACAGGGGCCAUCCAGCAGUUACGUGUGGCUUUUGUUCGCGCAUCUACUCGACGCGCACAAAUCUCGAGGAGCACAUAAAGUCGAGGCAUGCGGGACAGCCUCCGCCCCCGGAGAUGGCGACCCAGUAUGCUCAGCAGCACGACUCGCGCUACCAGUGCAAGACCUGUCCAAAGAUGUACGCCAACAUUACCGAUCUCAACAAGCACAGCAGAGUCUGUCACAGCGAGCAGCAGCGCAGAGAUGCCGCAAAUAGCAGCUACAAUCCAUCAAACUUUUGUAAGUCUAAACUGACGACUAAGCUCAAAAACGCGUUGGAUCCGAAUUCGGACAUGUCAAGCAUGGAUUCCGACUACGAGAACAAGGACUACAAGAGCGCGGAAGCUAAGCUCGCCAAAAAUCCUCAUUUGACCAUUCUCAAGCAAGCUCUGAUCAAGGGUGAGAUCGUGAAAAAGGAGUACGAUGAGAGACAGAAGAUGUUGAGCAAAGCUAAGAAACAAGCCAAUGCAACCAAUAGAGAUAACCAAGAUUUAGAUAUGAAGAGAUGGUACUGCGAAGCCUGCCCUCUUAACUUUGCCACAGUUGAUGAGCUGAAGCAGCAUGAAAAAACUCAUGACGCCGAGAAGCCCUACAUUUGCCUUCUGUGCGAGAAAGACUUUGCUGUGAAAUCGUCUCUAAGCAGACACAUCAUCGCAUCGCACGGUGUCGAUCCUACGCCUUUGGUCGAGAGUGAUAAGUGCCUCAAAAAAUCAAUGCAAAAUGCUAAUGACCAGGCAUUUAUCAAGCUAGAGGAUCACCAUAUUGCCAAAGAAAAUUCUGUGUCUCCUUAUUCUGAUAAUUUGGAUAAUGACGACGACGAACACGAGAAUGGAAAUGACAACAUGCUUGAGGUGGAGACAGUCUUUGUUUGUGAAAUUUGUACACGCGAUUUCAACGACCGUGCGUCACUGUGGCUACACAUUCGAGCCACUCAUAAAGAAUACGCGGCGUUUGCUUGUGGAGUCUGCCUUAAAAUAUGUUCAGACAACGCCCAGUUACAAAAUCACGUCAAUAUGUAUCAUGGAGGAUCGAAGCUUGCCAUGUCCGAACAGAGAAGGUAUAGCUGCACAAUAUGCGGUAGACAGCAUGAUUCGCGGAAAAAGCUCAUAAACCACGUGUCGAUUCACAACAUUGACCCGAGCUACGAUGCUUCGAGAUACGUUCAACUGAAUACAAACUACUACAACGAAAAUAUGAAUAGUAACGAGGGCAAUGAGCUUAUCAUGGACUGCGACGAGGAGAGCGAAAAGAUUGACUGCUACAUCUGCUACAAGUCAUUCCCUAGCGAAGAUCAUCUCAUUCGGCAUCAAAGAAACGCCCACAAGACUGAUGGUAACAUACCAUUGGGCGAGUACAGCGGCAACGGUGGCCCAACUGGACAAAAUGGCAGUGUCAACCGAGCUCAGUACCAUCUGUUUUUCGUAUGCGAGCUCUGCGGCAGUUCGUAUCCCAGCAAAUGGGAACGAUGGCUGCACGUGAGCGGCAUGCAUGGCAAUGAACCGUCAAUUAGGUGCGAGCACGACGACUGCGCCAAGAUUUUUGCCACAAAGACGUUACGCAACGAGCACGCGCAACACCAUCAGCUGCAGGGCAGUUCUCCCAACACCUGCGAGAUUUGCGGUAAACUGUGGGGCAGUCGAGUUGACUAUUGGAAACACGUUAUGGGUGUACACUCCGAUACCGUGCCCCUGAUUUGCGGCGUGUGUUUGAAAGUCUUCCCCGACGUGAUGCAGCUCAGCCAGCACGUAAAACAAAAACACUGGCCCUUGACCACUGGUGACUUUAGUUGCGACAUCUGCGGUAGGCCUUACUCCAACAAAAGUAAAAUGUCGAGGCACAGAAAAAUCCAUGGCCUUGACGGCGAAGUCUUCAAUCCAGCUUCCACCAACAGUAGUUUGAUCAUUCACGAUGCCAUGAACGAAGUUUCCCUAGAGUCGCAUCAAAUGGACAACGGCCUGCCUCAACCGAUUGAGCCAGUGUCGAUGGAUCUUAGCUGCGAAAUGUGCGGUGACCUCAAGUUCCCCUGUCUUGAGGAUCUCAGCACCCAUCGAAAAGUUGCACACAAUCUUUUCCCCUGUGAUCUGUGCAACAAGUGCUACGGACGCACGUCGCAUCUGUGGAAACACGUAAACCGUGUGCACAAGGGCCACGAAGAUAUCACCUGCCGUUACUGUUUAAAGACGAGUGCCUCCCGGGAUCAUUUGGCUGCCCACAUCGCCAAGAUUCAUCGUUACGAGCCUGAAGUGAAAAAUGACGUGUCGAUACAGAGUUUCAACAGCAGCAAAAGUACUAACCUGUACAACGAUACGGCCUCGGCCAAUGAGGAAGAUGGCCUGCACUUCUGCGAAAAAUGCAACAAGUCCUUCCACAAGCGCUAUUUGCUGCGUCGUCAUAUGAAGGGCUGUCAAAACUAUCGAAAGGAUCCAGGUGCGCUGCUUACUCGGUGCCGAGCAUGCGAGCGAAUCUUCAAGGAUCGAGCAAGUUUACAGAAACAUAUUGAAAACCAUCACACCCUUUACGACUGCCAUCUCUGCAAAGAGACCAUCACCUCGAAACUUGGCAUCAUGACGCACAACCGGAUGCAUCACAUGCACCACCCGGAUCUCACUUGCGAGCUCGAGAGUUGCCGCAAGCUCUUCAGGACGAAAGAUGAUCUAGAGUCUCACCGCAAGGAUCAUAAGCACCACGGUAACCCGAACGUCUGCGACUUUUGCGGCGACACUGUUGAAAACAAGCUCAAACUCAAGAUGCACAUUCUGAGCUUGCACAGAAACGAAAUCGGCGUCUCGUGCGGCAUUUGUUUGAUACCAAUGAACGAUCCCAAAGAUCUCAAGAAGCACGUCGAAGAUAGUCACCCCGGUGUUCUGGACAGACCCAAUACGUGCCAAGUCUGCGGCAAACAGUAUGCUUCGAAAUGGAAGGCAUUCGAUCACACGAAAAAGUGCCACGGCAAGGUUUUCCGUACGUGCAAACAGUGCCUAGCUGUCUUCACGACGGACGUGGAUCUGCGCUCGCACUACGAGCACGUGCACAACAUUCCCAAAGACCAACUGGACGCGUUCCAGUACAGGCUAGAGGUUGCGGGUAAUAAAAUGGACGAUUACGACCUUGGACCCGUUGGACCCGAGGUAGUCGUCAAAGAGGAGCCCGAGGAACUCGAUUUCGAUAUAGAGCCGUUCGACGAUGACAAUGGCAACUCGAACGAUUCGAAAAAACGCAGACGCUCGAUGAGCGACACCUUCGACUGCGAGAUGUGUCCGGAGAUUUUCCUCAAUCACGAACAAUUGGCGUCUCAUUACCGCAACGUUCACAAUACCAAUCCACAACGCAUGUUCAAGCGAAUGAAGGUCGAAUCCUCGCCUCUGUUCAAAGCUAAGAAGAAGAUCCGCGAUCGCGAAAACUACGAGUGUAAAAACUGCCAAAAACAGUUCUGCACCAAGGUCCUGUAUCUGGACCACGUGAACAUGUGCACGCGCAAGUCGGUAGCGCCGACAACGUCGAUACUUGAGGCUCACCUCAAGGGCAACAGUCAGCAACAACAGCAGCAGAUGAUCAAGCGCGAAGAGCCGGAGCCGAUGCUCUGCGAGACGAAUCUCAACAUUCCAGACUUCAAUCUGUUCGAGGACAUCAACAUGCAGUUAUCGGGUCAAAAGCCAGUGCCUAGUCUCAUGCCUCUUGGCGGUGGUCAGGCUUCCGGUAAGUCGUCCAAGUAUUCGCGCAAAGACUCGCGUAAAGUGUACGACGAGUCCACAAACACCGAGUGCACUUGUGAGGUCUGCGGAAAACAGUGGCCUGCCAAGAAACACUUGUGGCAGCAUCUGAUUCGCUUCCAUCGCUCCGAGGCCGCCGUCACCUGUGGAGUUUGUCUCAAGCUCUGUGUUACGUACGACGAUCUCUCCGAGCAUCUGAAGAACAUACAUCCGUCUAUUUUGUCGACCGCGGGCAACAACUUUACUUGCAAGAUAUGUGGUCGUUAUCACAAUGCGCGAAGCAAACUCUUGCUUCACAUGAGCAUACACAUCAAUUGCAAGGGCAAUAUUCUGUGUCAGCGUUGUAACCGUACCUUCGAGAACGACGAGAAGCUCAAGGAGCACAUUGCCACGUGCAUGGGAGCCCGAGAAGGUGAUAAUGCCAGUGAAUCGCUGAUAUCCAAAGAAGAUAACGAGGAAAAGGGCAGUCUCAUCGGCGAUGAAGACGACGAUGAUGUCGAGGAAGAGAACGAGUUUGAGUCAGAGGAGGAGAGCGCAGCUCGGGACUCUGACAACAACGACAGCAGCUCCGACAAGUCCAACGACUCGGAUAGUAGCAGUAACAGUAGCAACAGCUCGAGCGACGAUGACGACAACAGCGAUGACGAGGAUGGCAGUGACGCCGAGAGACCGAGGAACCAUGAAGAGGACAGCAGCAAGGACUCGGGAAAUGUCGUCGAGUUACCGCAGCCUGUCAACGUCAAGACCGAGGUCCAGACGAUGAAUCUUGGUGUAGACGAAGAAGAAGAAGAAGAAGAAGAGGAAGAAGACGAUGACGAGAAGCCGCGCUAUGAGCCAGCACUGUCCGAGUCCGAUGAUGAAGACGACGAUGCCCACAACGACGACGAGUAUCUCAAGAAGCAGCAACAGCAGCAGCAGCGUGAGAUCAAGGAUCGUUACCAGCUCUCGCAGAAAGAGCCUAUGCUGGUCAAUUACUCGGAAGACGACGGACCACCAGCUCUUAGUCCAAUGCUGGCCGCUCCUACACAAAGUAAUGAGCACAAUAACGACGGAAAAGAGCGCAUUAGGCUAGUCCUCGACAUGAAAAAGGAGCAGAAGAGCGAUUCCAGCGCGGAAGAAAGUAGUAACGACGAAGAUUCGGAUGAUGAGGAAGUCCCGCAAGCCCAAGUUGUCGAUCCCAACAGUGCUUUCCACACGGACAACUCAAGGAGCAGCAACGAAGGUGAAGAGGAGCAAGAAGAAGAGCAAGAAGUCGAAGGAGAGCAAGAAGAAGGAGAAGUAGAGAUUGCUGAUGCAGAAGAAGAGGAAGAUGUGGAUGAACAGGAGCACGAGAGGCACGAAGAGCAAGAAGAGCACGAUGGUCAAGAGAUGGAAGAAGCUGAGGAGGAAGAAGUCAUGAAUGACGAAGCCGAAGUGCUAGAAGUCGAUGAGAAUGACAUGCACAAUUUAAAUGGAACGGUGCUAAUGCUGGCAAAUGAUGCGGAUGGCAACCAGAUUCUUAUAGAGCGUAACAUGGCAGACCUCGAGAACGACGACUCGGUCCAUGACAUGGCUCAGUAUGUCUUCCAGGACGGCACGGGUUUUGCCCUGGAAGACUAUGAGGCCAUUGUAGAAGGUAGUCAGGAAGAUGAUGAGCAGCACCAGCAAAGUUUUGAGAUGGAAAUGAGCCAAGCUCAAGACGAGGAGGAAGAAGAAGAAGAAGAAGUCGAGGAGCAGGACGAAGAGAUGCAUGAAGAAGUCGAGGAAGAGGAAGGAGAAGAGGAUGAAGUUGAGGUUGACGAAGUGCCCGAGGAGGAAGAGGAGGGAGUCGUCGAGGAUGACGUGAGUGCCAAAAGCUAAAGGUAUCGAGUCGUCGAUUAUCGAGGUUGGGACCAUAAACAACAAAAUGUUCUUUGCGAAGAUUUUUGUACCUUCUAAGAUUUAAGAGAGCGAUUGCUUGUACAGUACAGAGCGAUACGAAUUUUUCAGGAACGCGUUAGAGGCUAAAGUUAUGCGCGGCGAAAGAACGUCUGAUUGCAUGCAUGCAAGUGAUGUUUAUUUAUAGAAUAAGAAAAAUAUAUUUAUUUUUACUUCUGACUGAAAUUAAUUACUUCUUAACACGUACAGAUUUAUCAAAUCGAUAAUAUACAAGAUUUGUUAGAAGUUUAAUAUUGUUAUAUAUAUUAUAUUCCCAUCGGAAAAAUUUCACAUCAAGAUUUACCACUAAAUGGUAAAUGAGUCAUUGUAUUUUUUUUUGGUAAAGUUUUUUACUUAACUUUAUCAACGAUACUUUGAACAUUUAAACGUAUUUCGUCAGCAAAAUCAUUAUAUUUAAUUUUACAUUUUCUUUCGCGAAGCACUUGUGGGUCUUGUUAUACUCAGAGAAAUUUUUUUUUUUUUAGACUUAUUUUUAAGACUUAAAUAGUUAGCGUUAAAAUUUAUUUUAAAUAUUGAUUCAUUCCACUACUCCCUAGAUCUCGUAAUUAUGACUUAACCUUGUAAGAAACAUUUUUUUGAAGUUAUUAAUUUUCGAACGUCAUACUUCAAUUCUUUUUUCAAUGAUUAAUAUUGUCGAGUGUUGACAGAUAAACAAAAACAUUUGAACCGGUCAAAACAAAACAAUUAAAAUCACGAAACACGUGUAUCUCAGUUUAGUAAAGAGUUUUGGCUUGUAAAUAGUGUAGUAUAUUUCAUUACUAUAUAGAUGUAAGUCACAUCUUAUUUAAGAUAAAAAAAAAAUUCGAAAGUAUAAAUUAAGUCGUGCGGGUAGUUGAUAAUUAAUCACGUUUCUAUUACUGCGUUUCAAAGCGCUGUAUGUUAAAUUAAAAUCUUAGUGUACAUUAUGAUAAUUUAUACAAAAAGCCAUGUAUAAAGUAUAACUCAUAAGUAUUUAUGAAACGAAAAAAGCAAAAAUAUUGUAAGAGAAUUGCAAAUGAAAAUUUGAAAAUAUUUGAUAAAACCGUGCCCCUAAAAAAUUAUAAUUUGUGAUGAAUCCGAUCAUUGCUAAAUUGUCGUCCGUCAAUGCAAUUGUUGAUCAUUAAAAACAAAUGAUGAAAAAUAAAUGUUGAAAA